CUCCCGACCACGCAUUCUCUCCCCACACAUCUCAAUUUCCACCAACAUGAAGCUGUUUGUUGUGCUUGUCCUCGUGGCGCUUGCUGCCACUGCUAUGGCCUCUGUGCCCAUGUGCUCCUCCGACCCUGUGCCCAACUCGCAGGGCUGGUGCGACUGCGGCGCGUCGACGGAUGACGCCCAGAUCGAGUCUGUGACCAUCUCGCCGUCGGGCGGUACUGUGAACAAGGGCUCGAACGUGACCCUGACUGUGACUGCCUCGGACACCAAGACGUACCCUGUUGACACCGGCUCGACCGUGACCGUCCAGGUCAAGUACGGCAUCAUUACCCUCCUGCACCACACGUACGACCUUUGCACCCUCCUUAACGACACCCCGUACAAGUGCCCGAUUGCGCCGUUUGCGUCCAAGACUCUCUCCAUCUCGGAGAUGAUUCCGUCCGAGGCCCCGUCUGGCAAGUACACCGGCAAGGCCACCGCCGUCGACCAGAAGAACAACGAGAUCGCCUGCAUCGAGUUUGCCUUCUCCGUCCAGUAAGCGCUCCUCCCACGUUGGCACUGCCGUCUUCUCUGGCGGCAGUGUGUCGAGGAGGUAAACACCCUGUCCGUUUUCAC